UUCUUAAAAGAAGUCAUCGAUAAUGAGUUUUGCGUUUAUCAGGUGACGACAAAAUGUUACGGAGGCGAGUGGCUAGACAUUUUAAAUUUACUUCGGAUGACUUAUUAAGAUUGUACUUGUAUUUUGAUAUCAUUCAUUUACUGCCUUUACUUAUCAAAGGCUUCAGAAUUUAGACAUUUUUACCUUUUUCCUGUUGUCGUGUAUUGAUUCAUCGCUUUCAUACAUUGUUCGUAGAAUUUGGUGUCGUUGUAAAGUAGACCUCUAGAUUUCUUUCCUGUGGUCUCACGACAAAAAAGGUUGAGUUGCCAGCAAAAACGAUCAUGGAGAUCAAGAUAUAAAAUGAUGGUUCAGACAAUCCUGAAAGUCAGUUCAUUGACAGAGAUUCCAACAUGAGGACGUACAAACUUGUGAUACUCUUGGCUUGUGCAGCUUCUUGUUUGGCUGAGGUGGACCUAAAUGGGAAAUGGGUCGAAGACUCAGGGAAACGAAGCAAUUUGAAUGCCUUCUUGAGCGCUGCUGGCGUGAAUUUCUUCACCAGAACGGCCAUUUCUGUUGUUAGCUUCAAAAAUGAGCAACUCAUCUCUCAAGAUGCCAACCGCUACACGAUCGAUGGCAAAAAGGGACCCAGGAGCGACCCUUACUUUUAUACCCUGGUGGCUGAUGGAGACACAAAUACGGUUGUGGAUAUGGGUAUCCUCGGGGGUCCCAUGGACACCAUCAGCUUUGUAAAGGGAAACGCUUUGGAGACCCGAGUCUUGAAGAACGGGGAACUUAUGUUCAUUUCUGCCAGGGUUCGAACCGGUCCCAACACCAUGGUUCACUCUGUUGAACACGUGGGUUCUAGAAAGAAAACUACCUCGUUCUACAAUAAAGUAGGCUAAAGGAGAAAGCCUUGCUCUGAUCAAUUAUACAGGGUUUAUUGUUAUAAAUUAUGUACAAACAUGUUAAAUAAAAGUAGAAAUAUCCUA